UCAAAAGAAAUUCAAGGUUAUAAUAAAAAUUAUCAAGUAUAAUUAUCAAAAAUGUAGUUAAAAAAAUGUCAGACCCAUCAUCUUCUAAAGAGCAGUACUUAUUUUUGCUGGAGUUUUUCGUGCAUUACAUAACCGGAGAAAGAGUAUCUAAACUGAACGAAACUCUCCGUGGACCAACGAGUAUCUUAUUACAAUUCCUCGGGAUCCAAAAUGACGCAAUCGAGAUUACUCCAGCGCAUCAGCAAUUAUCGCCAUGGGCUCGUCCGGCAAUCGGAGCCCGGGACGUCGAAAAAUUUUACUCUGGGCGUUCUAUUUUGUUCGCGAUUCCCCAGACGGUAGUCGUGAACAAGAACGCGGAGUUCAAGAUAAAUUUGCGAGUGUACAAGAAAAUGCCGGCUGACAUUCACCCGGACGUGCUGAUUGGUACAGGAGAGCUUGACAUAACCAAAGAGUUUGUGGGAUUGAGGAAAGAAAUGUUCGACUGUUGGAACUGCGAUGUUCCUGCGCCGAAGAAUUACGAAGGCCCGGUAGAAAUUUACCACAAUAACCAGCUAGCUGCCUUCGUGCUUGCUUACGUUCGUAUUUCUUCUUUUGGGCAGUCCAUCGUCACCGCUUUCGACGCUCCAGCAACUGAAACUGGAUCUUUUAUUUUUAGAAGUGAAUUUAUGGACCAAGAAGCUCUUGCGUACAAUUGCAGACUUAUCAGUCAGAGCCUUUUCAAUUUAAAAGCCCGUCAACGAUCGAAUUUACAGUUAGAUCCACCAUUUUGUCGAGAGAACUACUGUCUUCGUCAAGAUGGCGGUGAUAAGGAUAGUGGAGGAGAGAAUAAGGCGCAAGCGCGAAGUUUUGAAUCUCCCGCGCUUUUCAGCCAACCGCUGGUGCUUAAAGUUUCCGGAAUGAUUGAUCAAGAAGGUAAUUUUAAUGACACUGGUUAUCAAAAUGGCGAUUUUGAUGUAUUUGUCCUGAGAAUUGGGAAGAAAGGGCUGGUUGGCGAAGAAGAAAAGUCGGACAUUCAAAUCGAGUUACGCACUCCGAAAGCUUUGGUUGACACGCUGCCUGUCAGAUGCGAAACGAGGGAAAUUCAAACUGAGGCUGAGGAAGCUAAGGUUGAUGAAGAAAUUCUGGUUAGGAAGACAAGCAAGAAGAAAAGUAAAAAAAAGAAUAAAAAGAAAAAGAAGAAAUAAAUGACAGAAAUGGAAAGAUAAAAUUUUUGUGAAUAUUUAAAAUGACAGAGCAGAAAUUGUUUUUGAUUGAAUUCUUGGUCGAUAGAGUCAGCGUCCCGAC